AUGUUGGCCAACUUGGAGCGGAGCCUUGCAGCCGAGCUGCUGGACCUAUACGGCCUGGUGGCCCAGUUUCUUCUCUCCACCGAAGCCACCUUGGUCUACUACAAUCCCGCCUCCUUGGACUGCAGCUGGAGUGUCCUGUGGCGGCGCCACCUCACCGCCCAUCCGCAGAUCGUCUGGCAGCUCAGCUAUCCCCAGCCGGAACUCUAUGAUCGCAUCAACGGCGGUGGCCUCCUGGUUCUGGCCUGCUUGUCAGAGGAUUCCAGCUCCAUAAGUCAGCUGGAAAACCUAGCCACCAGUCUAAAUCACCUGCGAACCUCGGUGCGUUUGCUCAUCGAAGUGGCGGCCUUCGAUGAGGAAUCCCUGGCCAGUCGGUUGCUCUCCUUUUGCCUGCGCCGGAGCAUCCUGCAGGUGGAGCUGUAUUUCCGGAACACCAAUCACUCCCCCUGGAACCUCUACAGCUAUCACCCAUUUCCCAACUUUGAGUUGGUCAAGAGAAACAUCUCAAGUGGAAAUAAGGUGGAAAUCUUUGAAAAUAAACUGGUGGACCUGCGAGGACAUCGGCUGCGCGUUAUGCCGGAUCUAUCGCCACCGAAUACCUUUUUCUAUCGCGAUGAGAGGGAUGAGAACCAAGUGGCCGGCUAUCUGUGGGACUUUAUGGACACCUUUGCAGGCCGCUUGAAUGCCACCCUGAGAAUGGUUCGUCCCAAAUUUCGGGCCGGUGUCGCCCCCGAGAGCUCUUACAUGCUGCAGUACACCGCUCAGGGUCUCAUAGACGUCGGCCUGACAACCACUUUAAUUACGCGCCGCAAUUUGUGGGCCAUGCACCAGUACACCUAUCCGAUUUUGAUCUCCAGCUGGUGCACCAUGUUGCCGGUGGAGCGACCACUGAAAACGCCUGAUCUUUUCAACAGGAUCUUGUGUCCUGCUUUGGCUGUGAUCCUGCUGCUCGUCAUCCUGAUCACCUGGCUGGCUUUCGGUCACCUGAACUGCCUGCUGCUCUUGAGAAACUCGAGAAUGGCCAGGAUUGUGCCGAGAUUGCUGGCCCUGCUCCUGCUGACCACCAGCAGUUCGCAGCUGCUGUCGCUGCUGAUCUCACCGCCUUACCAGGAGAGGAUCACCAGCUUCGAGGAUCUGCUGAGGGGGGACCAGAGGAUCCUGGGCAUGCGCAGCGAGUUCUACGACUUUGAUGGGGCCUUCAGGGCCCGAUAUGCGGGCAUUUUCUACCUGAUCGACGAUCCCGACGAGCUGUACGAUCUGCGGAAUCACUUCAACACCACCUGGGGCUACACCAUGGCCUACAUCAAGUGGCUGGUGAUAAACACCCAGCAGCGACACUUCGCCAAGCCGGUUUUCCGUUGGGCGAAGGACCUGUGCUUCAUCGACUUCAUGCCCACCAGCAUUGUCGUGGCCCCCGAUUCGAUUUACUGGGAGGCACUGAAGGACUUCUCGCUCGCCGCCGAUCGGGCGGGACUUUUAAAGCACUGGGUGCGAAAGAGCUUCUACGAUAUGGUGAAGGCGGGAAAGAUGAGCAUCAAGGACUACAGCGAACUGGUGACCCUGGAGCCCCUGAAUGUCGCCGAUCUGCAGCUCGUGUGGCGCAUCUGUGGAGCAGCCAUCGCGGCGGCCACCGGCAUUUUCCUCAUGGAGCUGCUGUUCUUCUAUGUCAACGUUUUUCUCAACAGUUUGUAG